CGUGUCCGAAAUGUGUCCCGAAAUAUUAUUAUGAGUGAAAGCACUUCUAGAUCUCCAUACAUAUGAAUCGAAAUUGCUCUCUCUAGAAGGGAUAUAAAGACUUCCUCAGUAAUGCUAUGCUAGUCGGGGUCGCAGUAUUACCGUGUAAGCCAACAACUCCGAUUUUCUAGAGUAUUCUAUAACGACGCAAAUGCAUGUGGAGUAUUUGAGAAAAUUGCCUUUAGUCCUAUGACUGUCAGUGUCAAAACAAUAUGGAGAAAGUGAAGCAAUUGUGCAGCUAUGAAAGUACUACGAGGAAUUUAAAAGCCCGACCGCCGUUCUCCCACAAACGGUGUGUCAUAAUACUCGAAGUAGCGUCGCACCCGCCGGUCGCCGGGCUUACUGUCUAACACGACUUCAGUGAGCUGGGCCACUAACUCCAUGGUGCUGGAACUUAGGACCAACUCGUGGGUGAACCCAAGGAACGAGGUUCGCUCCGUCUCCAGGACAUCUGAAGUCUAUGAAUAAAGAUUUGUGAGAUUUUAUUAAAGUUCAGCCGUUUUAUUGUGAUGUAUCUAUUGUUUGACGGUCCCUUCAUGUCUUCAUCUGCCUAGUCUUUUCCCAAAUACGUUAUGUUGUAAGUACAAUUGCGUAAGGGUGUUUUACGAAACAUUAUAUUAGUUAGUUUAAGUACCCUUAGCCAAACACGUAUCAUCCCUGGAUAAAAGUACCUAAAGCUUGUAUCAGUAAAAAUCAUAUAGGUAUAAGAAUCAAUUGAGUCUUAAGUUACCUAAACAUAAAUCGGGAUGGUAAAGAUUAGGAGUCACCAUAGUUACAACUCGCCUCAGUACACUAAACUCGGAUCAGUUACUUUGAAUUUAAUGGGACAGGCUUCAAAAAUGUUUAGAAAAAGGAAAACUACAUUCUAAAAGAAUGGAAACUACGCGUCUUUUGGAGUCAGAACGUUCAACAUUAUGGCUUGAAAUCAAUAAUAUUAAUAAGUUCUACACACCACAUUCGAUGAAGUUUUGAUGAUUCUAUUAUAUUUGGAAUCCUAACAAAUGAAAAUAAUUUAGAGCAUCUCUGGCAACCAAAGGUGUGAACACGAAAACUUUAUACCAAGCAACGACGAGAAGCAAAGGAAUCAAAACACAGCCAACCAAAAAGAAAAUACAAGUCCUGUUCGCUACAUUCGAAAACAUCACAAACCUUUGUUGGUUGUUUAUGCUUCGGGCAAAUUAUCGCUGGACCGCACACCAACUGUUUAUCCUUUCCCAGAAUAUCUUAUAAAAGAACACCAAAGAUUUUGUAGUCAAGUAUUCUCCAGACUUCUGGAAGUAUGGGUGAGACAUUCAGCCGCUGGUGGUGGGGCGGGAACCCGGACCAAAUAAAUGUAAUAUCUGGCAUGUCAUUGAGGGAUGUUUACAAUGUGCAACAGUCCUGGAAGACCAUUCACGCAAAUCCCUUGGAUAACGGAUACCUAAUGUUUUUUAGACUCUUCGAAGCAGACCCAGAAACGAAGACUUUCUUCAAGAUCCUAGACAACACGAGGUCUGAAGCCGAUAUGAAAGCUAAUGUGAAGUUCAAAGCUCACAUCCUGAACAUUAUGGGGGCACUCAACAACUCCGUAGUGAAUUUAGACAAACCUGAAGUUGUAGUGGUGUGGAUGGAAAAACUAGGAUCCGCACAUCAAAAGUUUAAUAUCCGGGAACGACAUUUUUGGGUGUUCAGAGAUGUUCUGGUGAACAUUUUGCAGAACGACCUCAAGUUAAGUGAGCCGAUCGUCAAGUCUUGGGGCAGAUACGUCACCUUCAUAUAUAGUCAUAUACUACCGAAAUUGUCUUCAUAACCUGCACUAAUUGGCAAAAUAGCUCAACUUUAUUAUAUUUUUGCACGUUUACUAAGGUCAUCUAGUCUGGAGACGCGUCCUUUUUGUGGAUCGAGAUCAAUCAGAUAGUUUUUAAUUUAUAUCACAUUGAGUAUUUCAGCCAGUAUUUUAUAUACCUACAUAAGUAGUUCUGCACUCAUGCAUGGUCUAAAAAAAAAUUGUAACUUGCGGAACAAAUAAGCGUGUUAAAACUAAGUUUGAAUUUCUUUCCACCUCAAUUUUUCGCUAUAUUUUGUUGUUUAUUUACCUAUACACGGUAAACCUUUUUAUAAGUUUUAACUCGGAUUCAUUAAAUACCAAGAGUAUUUAUCAAGAGUAUUGAUAAUUUCAUAAAAAUUUAAUAUUUGACUGCAUAAUUAUCUACAUUACAUAUAAUCCAAUUUUUUAUUAAAUUGUGAUUUAUUAAGA